AUGGUGAUUCAGGUCUUAAACAGCGCACCAUCAACUUCAAUACGCAUCAUCACAUUCUUUGAUCGUGUAUUGUUGUAAAAGUAAAAAUGUACAAGUCAUUGAUCUUUCAUGCCGUUGUACUGUUGUUUUGUGUGUUGUGCAAGAUAUUCAAUGCAGAAGAAACGAAUGAUCCAGAUUCUCCCGCAGUGCAUCAUGAUGAUUAUGAAGUGGUAGACUUUUUGGGGGAAACUGCUGAACAUAAGAAGAAGGAAGAAAUGAGUGAACAAAAUGUUAGUAACGACCAAAUAGAAAGAAUACAGAAAAAGAAUGCUCCGGGAAAUAUGGUGGAAGCUGCCAAACGUGACGUAUCUGGUCGAGCUGUGGUUCAAUUCUUAGAUGGUUUAGCAAGUAAUACACAAACAGUAACAUCUUUUGGUGAUUGCGCUGUUACGAAGCAGCCGACGAUCACGGAUUGUAAAGCUGAGUACAAACCUAAUGGGAACUGUUUGUUCCUUGUCAUAUUUCAAGGGAUUUUUAAGGAUUUGUCACAGACAAAAAUGAAAGAAUUCUUGGAAUCUGGAAUAUCAAGGAACAUUAUUCAAAAAAACAAAUAUUUCAGUACUGCUAAAAGCAAAAUUGAGAUUGACACAUGUGGAAGUAGGAAGAAAGUGACCUUACAAAAAUUUAGUGCAGAUUCAGUAUCACCUCUUUCUUGGCUCACCUUGCGCAGUGUGACAAUAAAAAGAGCAUUGAUAUUUUACGAAGAUAUGGCUGAAAAAGAAAAUGUUGCAGAUUGGUCAGGAAUUGGUUUAUCAGGAUCAGCCACAAUUGAAUUGGCAAAUGGAGAUGCUGGAGUCGAAAUUCUAAAGGAAUGGAGAGAAAAUCGAGUAGGAGAUUCUGACGUUGUCUUGUCCAUUAAUACAGAAGAAAAUAAUAUCGCUAUAAUAAAUUUUCUAGCCUGGCUAAAGCAAGAUGAAUCAUCUUUGUAUCCUGACAAUGUAGGUGCUGAUACCUCAGCAAUGGAAAUUAGCACCACAAUUGUAGAGGGGGAGAGUGGGACAUUGGUUAAAGUGAUUUUGGGUAAUGACAAACUAUGGGAAGCGUCUGUGACUGGAAGAGCAAGUGGAAGUGUUUUACUUGAGGAUUCUAAGAAGCUAAUAGUUUAUUGUAAAAAUGGAGAUAUGGACGAUCUUAGUCAAGUUUCGUGCGCAGUUAUGGCAAAAUUUUCACCUGGCACGUUUAAAUGGGAACGCACAACAGGUGGUUUUGAUGUAGAAGCGUUGGGACCAAAUAGACCUAUUGUACAAGCUAUGAUAGAAAGCGGAGAUCUGCUAUUCCAAUCAUCUCGAGAUGGUUUUGAAACAAUUGCUGAUCUAGACAUUGCCAAUGAAACUUCACCAUACGCACUCGCUCAAGAAGAAAGGAAAACUGUGGUUAGUGAAAAUUACGUAACUGCAGGAAUGUGCGUACGAUUCCGUUUAAACGAUUUCAAAACAAAAUUUCCUGAAUAUAAAUCAAAGAAACUUCUGAAUACAUUUAUUGCACAUGUCUGUCCAUUUCGAGAUGAAGUUAGGUUGCAUUUACCGAAUACGGCUGCAAAUGAUAUCUCUGAAUAUCAAAGCCUGACAACUCUUGUGUUAAAUCAAAUUGCAGAUCCUAAUUUUGGUAUUAGAAGAAACACCUACGUCAAAAUUAAAGAAAUUAUAUUACGCCGCACAGAGGUUUGUCAGUCUUUUACAUUGGAUGGAAAAUAUCAAAUGUUUAACAGGGGAGAUGCAGUUCAAAUAAAUGAUACAACAUUCAAGCAAUGUUAUGAUGGAUCAAUAUGGUCGUUGUCUGGAAAUGGAAAGGAGACUAUUUUAAAUGCAAAAGCUGAUGUAGAAGUAAUUACAACACGUUCACGAGUUGGGAUUAAUGGAACGUUAAAUAUAUUUGACGCCGAAACACUACAAAACAGAACAGGAGAAUGUUACUUGCAUAAGAAGUUUUAUACUCCUCUGAGCAACUUGAUGACAUUUCCAAUGUCAAAUCUUCGAUUUGAAAUUUUCUUCAAGAAACGAAACAAAUUGUUCAUAAAAGGACAGGCAUCUAUUAAUGGAAAGAAACAUGUCAAAACAGAGCUCAAUUACUAUUUCGAUAAACGAAAGAAAGAAAUGAACUUAGCGCUAUGUUUAAAGAUAGGAAAGACUUCGCUGGACGGUACAGUGGCUUAUCUAUACAACACACCAGCGUUAAAUGACAGUUUAUGGCUAACUUAUGAAAACGUUGGUUUAAUUGCGAGGAAAUCAAGAUUCUCGCAGAAUUCUUUUGAUCGAUCAUUUUGCCGAAAUAUGGAAAGCAGUUAUGACAUCUUACAUAAGACAGGAUUUAAAGGCGGAGUUCUUCUUUAUGCGGAAAACGUUCGUUUUUCUAAUUGCAUCGUUAAAGAAAAGGAAAAUCCAGUUUGCAAGUUCUACCAGCGAGUGUUUGAAGGAGAUACUUUAAAUGUGAAAUACUUUGGACAAGCCUAUGCUGACAAACAUUACUUUCUUGAAGGACUAUUUGAAACUCCAAUUAAAUUAGGUCCGGGUAUCGAAAUCAGAGGAAUCUCAACGUCUGAAGUAAGUACAAAAAUUGGAAAAAUAGUGCAUAACAAGAUGAUGCGUAUUGUUGAGAACAAUGAAACGAAAAAGGAAGAGAUCAAAGGACGGGAUCGAAUGUAUGGAACCUUGUGGUUGCAAAAUGCCCCAGCUUAUAUUCCGGUGAUUUUACAGUUUACUGGGGAUAGUGUUCUGUUUAAAGCACCACUUUUGGAAGAUGAUAACGUUGGCACAAACUUACUUGGUGUAGCAAAUGUUCGUACAGUUAAUGCGAGGUCUCAAUCGUACCCCCUAAAACUUAAUGGACCAAUUGAAGCAAUAGAAUUUCACUCGCGGCUUAAAAUUGGAUCAUCAUCAGAACACGCGAUCACAAUGACGGGCGGCAGGCAAAACACGAUACAAUAUAUUUAUGGAGACUCGUCCAAGAAUAAAUUUUACGCUUGCAAACAUUCUAAUUCGAAAGUCCUGCUGAAAAAUGUAUUCAAGUCUUUUAACACCAUACUAAGACUGGGAUUGUUAAGUACAGCAGUAAUCAAUGAUGCUUGUUUUACCUACCAUAACGGACAAGAUACAACCUGGAAAGUUCCAAAUCGUGAUAUCGAAGCCGAGGGAGGAUUAAGACUUUAUGGAAAGUUAAACAAAACAAGUCUUGGCAAUAACAUGCCAUUAGCAGUUUUACUUGAAAAUAACGCAGUCGAAAUGAUUGUUGAAUUACCACCUAUUCGAUGGGGUGUUACUGAAGAAGAAGUUGACCGAAAAACUCCUCAGAAUACAACAAUUAAAGUAAAGAAGAAAGUAUCUCGUAUUCAUGUGACGGUGAAUGAAGAUGAAGAAAUGCUUGGACCGAAAUUAUAUAUUAAGUAUCAGAAUGGUUUCUUUACUGAGGGAUAUAUUGAUGGAUAUAUUCGGACAGUUGGUUAUGCUGGAAUGGGAAAAAUAAAAAUUAUGGAGGAUACAAGUGGAAAUCCAACGAAAUAUGAGUUUCUACAUACUGGACUGAUUUAUAGAGUUAUUGAAGGGACCCUAAAAUUGACAGCUAAUUUCAAUGACCAAGAAAUCACUAACAUGAAUUUCAAGCUCGAAGUGGAUGUGCUGUCUAAGGUUAAACAAAAAAUUCCCGAAGUUCUUCAAAACAGUCUUAAUGAAUUCACAAAACCCUACGAUGACGUUAUGAACAAACUUCUUCCAGACAUAAAAAAGAUAACCGCCCUUUAUCAGAACCAUUCGGCAACACGUGAUUCACUUUCGGAAAAUGUUGAGUCAUUAGGGGAUUCUGCUAAAAAAUCAAAGCUUGAACGAACACGUUCUCUUCAAGCAGUGUCAAAACGGUGUGGAAGGGAGUGUAAACCAGUUCACAUGCCAGGACUAAAAUGGGAGAAGAAAUGCACAACCUCAAGAAAACAACAAGAUUCACGAUGUCUAAAGUUUGUUAAGGACUCACAUAAAGUCAGUGAUGUUGGCUGCAUGGCACAAUGUGAAUCUGAAAGAGUGAAGUCACACGCUGAAGCCAUUCACCAUGACAACGUUGCAAGGAGUGUCAUUGCUAAGCUUUCUGAUGCUACAGUGUGUAAAGAUAUGGCGGAAUUUCUCGUCAACGACAUCCAAGGAGUAAAAUCACGGCUUGAAACAUUGAAUGCUGAUCUCUCAGGGCCAUCACAAUUUGUGCGUGACAUUAAGAAUGCUUCGCAAUCAAAUGCUGCCAAUAUUCUCAGUUUUCGUUCCAUGUUGUCUAGUUAUCCAAUCAAGGAAGCUGCCAGUGAACCUUCGUGUUUAAAGUUCAGGCUUGAUUAUACAGUAACCACUAGUGAAGAUGAUACUUCGAAACAAAAAGAGUUGGAGGAUAUAAUUUGUUUCCAAGAUGAGUUUGUUAAAUCUGUGACAAAUAUGGCACUGAGAGAAGCUUACAAACAGGAGUACGAAAUUCUUCAGCCUAAACUGGAUGCAACAGUCAAAUGGCGAUCGGAAUUAUUGGCUAACUUUUAUGAGAGUAUCCAGGAAAAAGAAGAAGAAUUACAAAGAUGCAUAUCAAAUUCUCCAACUCCAGAGGAUGAUGAAAAGGAAAGAAAGCGGUCUUUUAUACCAAAUGCUAGCUUAUCCCCUCUCAAAGGUUCCCGUUUCAAUGUGGUAAGCCAAAGAACAAUGCUAAUGUUUAACGAAUACUCACCUUGGUCAGUCCUCACAAAAAACAAUCCAUUCCACGAAGCUCGUCCUGCUGUAACUAAAGCUAAAAUUGAAGAUAUGACACCAAAAGAUUCAUGUCUUACAACUCGACACAUAGUUCAAGAUUAUCAAGAUAUCAUAGGAUACAUGAAAGUCUGGGCAACUUCAUGGCAAAGUGGACAAAAGACCUUAGAAAAUGUUAAUGACAUGGUGGGAAAGAGAUUAACAGCAGUGAGAAGCACCAUAAAUAAAAUGGCAACUGGAGAGCACGUUAUAGCUGGCGAUGUAAUCAACAUGAAUCACUGGAUGAAUGUUACUGAGAAUGGAAUGAAAAAAUGGCUAGAUGUGUCGGCACAGCGUCUCCAGCAUUUGAACAAACAUGGUCUAAAGUUGAUUAAAGAGGAAUUAUCCUAUAUGUACUCUGACAAAGAAUACAAGUCAAUUGACGAGUACAUUCGGAACAAGGCCAAAAAAGGAAACAAUGCUUUUAAAAGAGCAAUCAUUUCGGAAAAAGAUGAGAAACCGUUUUCUCAACUAUCUGAGCAAUUGCUUCGAAUCUUUAACGAAGGUAAAAGUCUUGAAAGUGUCUUGCCCAUCAUCAAGAAAGUUGAAAGCAAGAUGGUUCAUGUUGAUAAACGAAGUAUUUCUUGUUACCCAAAGUGAUAGGGUGAAGUUUAAAAGAGAAGAAGAAACUAAGAAAAUCAAAACAACUAAAGGUUUUGUUUUAAUGAUUAUGAUAAAAGAGGAAAUUUAAAUAAAUUGGUAUUCUCGUAAA